AUGGCCGCCUCGCGCCGAGCGGCGAAGCUGGAGGCCUCCAGUCUCCAAACCCCGGAAAAUCCCAGCACCGGAGCGCAGAUCGCCCAGUACGAACGCGAAGACCCUUUAGAGGCCUUGGCGGCGGGGGCGGUGGCUGCGGCCUUAGAGGAGGAGGAAGAAGACGAAGAGGAGAAGGCGGUGCUGCCGGCGCGGGCGCGGGCUGAUUUUAACACCAACAUUUCUGAAGUGGAUGAACAAACACAUAUAAGCAAUGAGGACUUUGUGGACUUUUCUGAUAUAUACCACUCUAAUGAAGAGUAUUUUAGGAAGCUAGAAGAGCUGAAAGCUGCCCACUUGGACACUAUGGCAAAGUUAGAGAAGAUGUACCAGAAUAAGUUAAAUUUAAAAGAAGUUCAGCCAGUGAUCAUCAGGGAAGAAGCUUCUAGUGUCUCUUCCAGGUCUGAAUCAGAAAAAAACUUCUAUCACCCUAUCUCGUUAAAGACAUCAUUUUCAGAACCUGAUUUAGGACAGUGUUCCUCCUUGAUUAUGUCUUCCUCUGAAGAUGAGUUGCCCAACUCAGAAAAAGAGUAUCCUGAGAAAAAGAGGAUGAUGAGCUAUGCUAAAGAACUCAUCAACAACAUGUGGACAAACUUCUCUGUUGAAGAUUAUAUUCAGUGUAAAGAUGCUAAUUUCCCAGCAGUUGAAAAAACAAAGAAGAAACCAAGAGAAUGGGUGCCAAAGAUUACAGUACCUGAGCCUUUUCAAAUGAUGAUUAGGGAACAGAGGAAAAAAGAAGAGAACAUGAAAUCUAAAUCCAAUAUUGAAAUGGUACGCCAACUGCUCAAAGAACAAGAAGAAGAAUCAGAGUGUAAGAAAAAAUUCCGCGCCAAUCCAGUUCCUGCAUUCGUCUUUCUCCCCCUUUAUCAUGACAUAGUCAAGCAAAAUGAAGAACGCAGGAGACGUUUGAAGGAAAAAACCAAAGCAGCUCUUUUGGCCUCACAGAAGCCGUUUAAGUUUAUUGCAAGGGAGGAACAGAAGCAAGCAAUCCGGGAAAAGCAGUUGAGAGACUUGUGUAAGUCUAAAAAGAAAACAAAUCGAUUUAAGGCCCGACCUAUACCUCGAUCUACUUAUGGCUCAACCUCCAAGGAAAAGUUAAAAGAAGAAGAGCUCUCUAGAGACCUUAUGACGCAGCUGAGAGCCCAAGAGCUUUUACAGAAUUCAUCCCCUCUGCCUUCUAGGUCAGGUCCCAGAAGCUGUGCUCCGAGGAAGCUCAAGUGUCCUGAACAGGCUGAAAAGUUGAAGUGUAAACACAAGUUUAGAUGCCAGAGUGCUGAUUUUGAAGGCCUUCCUGAGAGAUACCAGAAACACCUCUCAGAACAGAAGUGUUCAAAACUCCUAACUGGCCGUAAGCCAUCUGAUCUUCAUGCAGCUUCCAAUGCAUCUGCUAAAAGAGAGAAAAUGUUGGCAGACAUUGCAGCAGAUGUAGAACAUUUAGAAGAAACAUGGCCUAAUCUGUCUCCAAGGCACAAGUCAUCAGGAGGAAGUGCAAGUGCAAAGCCUGUGCCUUGUACCUGCAACCCUCCAAUGCCCACAGUAUCUUCUAGAGGCCGAGCACAAGCCACGAGGAGAUCACUUGAGGAAAAGAAAAUGUUGGAAGAAGAGAGAAAUCGGAUCCUAACUAAGCAGAAGCAAAGAAUGAAAGAGUUGCAGAAACUCCUGACAAUCCGGGCUAAGGCUUAUGACUCACAUCAAAGUUUAGCUCAAAUGUCUAAAUCCAGAGUCAAAUCUCUCAGAAAAAGUGAAAAGGAAAGGAUGAGAGAAUACCGACAAGAACUAGAAGAAAGAGAAGAAAAAUUAAAACACAGGCCGCUACUAUUUGAAAGAGUUGCUCAGAAAAAUGCAAGAAUGGCAGCAGAAAAGCAUUAUUCUAACACCCUAAAAGCACUAGGACUAUCUGAUGAGUUUGUUUCAAAGAAAGGCCAAAGUGGAAAAAUAAUUGAGUACUUCAGCAAUCAAGAGAGGAAGAGUUUCACUGAAGAUAAAGAAAGCUUUGAUGAAGAAGAAAAAAUAGAAGAAAGAGAGAAUGGGGAAGAAAAUCAUUUUACUGAUACGAACAGCCAGGAUUCUUACAAGGAAAGAGAGGAAACUGAUGAAGAGAGCAGAGAAGAGCAAGCUGUUAAGGGGUAACACGGACUCAGCGGGCCGCCUGUCGGUGCCUGAGCUGAGGGCAGCCGCGGGCCUUAGCGUACGUGCUUGUGGUGUCCAGGACAUCCAUGAGAGCCCUCCAGUAGGUGCAGGGCUCCUGGGCAAAGUCAUCUGUAGCCUGAAAAGGCAAGUCCAGCCAAAAGGCUGUGGGGUCGGUUAGCGUAAGGCUUUGCCUAGUCAGGUUUUUAAUCACUCCAUAUGGUUUGCAACUUUGACCUUAUUUGUAUUUUUAAAAAAGCAUUUGAGAAUCAUAGUUGUCACAAACUGAUUAGUUAUAACAGUAUAUGUUACUUCCUUAUUUGGGGUGGAAACAAAUGGCAUGGCAUCGAGAGCAGAGAGAAGUAUUGGCUUUUGGCAAUUUGAAAAAAUUUUUCUAGGAAGUCUGAAUCAAUAAAUAGCUUUAAAUUAUACUAUUUGCCUUUUCUUUUCCUCUGCAGUACAUCUCACAGAAUGAAUCCUCACACUUGUUUUACUGGGCAUGUUAAGUUUCUUAUCUGAGCCAUUUUUGUAAAAAGUAAUAAAAUACAGGAAAAAAUAGGUCCUUAAAAUUGGUGUUCAUUUCUGCACUGUUUGCUGUUAAAUCAUCCACACUAUCAUGACUU